AUGGUCGGAUCAAAAGGCCUACGGGCUAACCCGGACAAAAUCGAUGUUGUUCUUACAAUGAAAGCUCCGACGACGGUUAAAGGAAUUCAAUCCUUAAACGGCCGAUUAGCUGCUCUCCAUUGGUUCUUAUCAAAAGCAGCAGACAGAGACCUCCCGUUCAUGGACGUGCUCAGAAAAAGCUUUAAAUCGGAGUUCAAAUGGACGGAGGAAGCCGCACGAGCUUUCGAAGAGCUCAAAACCUGCCUCGGCACUUUACCAAUGCUCACUGUACCAGAAAAAGAUGAAGUACUGACCGUUUACCUGGCCGCGUCACAUGGAGCCAUUAGUGCUGUAUUAGUUGCUCACCGAACCGGGGCGCAAAUCCCGAUUUAUUAUGUGAGCCGAACGUUAAAAGAUUAUGAAACGAGGUACUCAAGCUUGGAGAAAUUAGCUCUGGCAUUAGUCCAUGCCUCAAGAAGACUUCGCCGAUACUUCCAAGCUCACCCAAUCGAGGUGCGAACGGAUCAAAGAAUCCAACAUGUCCUCCGACGACCCGAAGUUUCAGGACGCAUGGCGAAGUGGGCAAUUGAGCUCGGAGCAUUCAAUAUUAUUUUCAGAACCAAAGGUCCACUAAAAGGACAGGUAGUAGCUGACUUUUUGGUUGGAACGCCAGAAGAAAAGGUAGUUAAAGAAGCCGAGAAAGCUCCAGUCAAACCAUGGACCCUGUACACGGACGGAGCUUCAAGCUCCGAAGGGUCAGGGGCAGAAUUCAAGAGCUCCAAUAAUGAAGCCGAGUACAAGGCUUUACUAGCAGGUCUACGAUUGGCGGAAAAGGUCGGUGCAAGAGACGUCAUAGCCCAUGUAGACUCGUUGCUCGUAGCGAAUCAGGUGAACGGAGUGUACGAAGCAAGGGAAGCUAACAUGAUCGGGUAUCUCGAACAGGUAAAGCAAGUUAUGGCGUUGUUUGAUUCUUGUAAAGUGGAGCACGUCACUCGUAGCAAAAACAAGAAGGCCGAUGCACUGAGCAAAUUAGCAUCCGUGUCGUUUAGUCACCUAGCAAAAGAAGUAAGAGUAGAAGUAUUGACUGCACCAUCGAUUUCUGCUCCUCACGUUAUGCAAGUAGAAGCUCCGGCACAGACAUGGAUGACGCCCCUAAUUAAUUACUUGGUACACGAUGUUUUGCCAGUCGAUAAGGCCGAAGCAAGGAAAAUCCAGAUCAAUUCUCUGCAGUAUCAGAUGCAGGAAGGAGGCUUAUACCGAAAGACUUUUCUCGGACCUCUGUUAAAGUGCCUGGACCCGGAGCAAGCCAGUUAUAUCAUCAGGGAAAUACACUAUGGCAUCUGCGGCAUCCAUGCCGGACCAAAGAUGAUAGUAACGAAGGUAAAAAAUGCAGGGUAUUACUGGCCCGGAAUGCAUGAAAGUGCGGUAAAAGAGCUCCAACAGUGUGAUGAAUGCCAAAGGCACGCACCAAUCAGCCUCCGAGCCAAGAACGAAAUGAUACCGGUAACCGCAACAUGGCCCUUCCAAAAGUGGGGCGUUGAUAUCGUCGGGCCUUUUCCAAGAUCAAGCGGAAGCGCUCAAUAUCUGCUAAUCGCGGUGGAUUAUUUCACCAAAUGGGUGGAAGCCCGACCGUUUAUAGUCAUCUCCGGCUACAACGUGGCACGUUUCUUCUGGGAACAAAUCGGUAACGGGCAGGUCGAACAGAUCAAUCGACGAAUCGUCGACGGGAUAAAGAGGAGACUCGGUUACGAGGGAAAAGGCUGGGCGGACGAGUUGCCAAACGUUUUAUGGGCACACCGAACACUGCACAAGACUAGCAACGGAGAAACACCGUUUAGUCUUACUUACGGUACCGAGGCAGUGAUUCCCGCUGAGAUCGGGCUCCCAAACCAGAGGUGCAAGAAUUGGGAGGAAAAUGAACAUGAACUCCGGUCUAAUCUUGAUUUGUUAGAAGAACGCCGUAACAUCGCGGCAAUCAAGGAAGCCCGAUACAAGAAGAAGAUUGAGAAGUACUAUAAUGCCCGGGCUAAACUCUACAAAUUCAAGGUCGGAGAUUACGUGCUCCAAAACAACGAUGCGAGCCGCGUCGAAGCUCGCGGCAAGCUAGCCCCUAAGUGGGAGGGACCGUACCGAAUCAAAGAAGCUAGCGAUAAGGGCUCGUAUGUGUUGGAGAAGAUUGAUGGAACUCCUGUACCCCGGACAUGGAACGGGGUGCACUUAAAGAAGUGCUUCAUGUGA